UAAAAGUCGAACGACUAUAUUGUGUAAUCUUAUGUCAGUUAUUUUUUGGUUAAGUUUUUUGAAAUUCCGUCGUCUCUGCCUACUCCAGCGGAAAAUAGGCGUGUUCUUUUGUUUGUAUAUUUUCAGUAGUUUUUCCUGAUUAUGGAUCCAGCCCAAGUUUUUGAAGCUUCAGAAGUGGCGCGUCACCUUGUCAUCAACGAGGUGAUCGCCCGCGGAGACUCGCGCAUACAGCAGUUCUACUCCGGCGCAGUCAUCUUCAUCACCGGUGGCUCCGGCUUCUUGGGGAAGCAGCUCAUUGAGAAACUAUUCAGAGCAUGUGAAGUAAAGAAAUUAUUCAUAUUACUGCGACCAAAAAAGCAAAAGUCAGUCCAAGAAAGAUUGCACGAUUUAUUAAAGGAUCCGGUCUAUGAAAGUCUACGCACACUUCAGCCAAAUUUCGCAGAUAAAAUAAUACCAGUACCUGGUGACGUAACAGAAAAACGUCUGGGGAUUAAUGACGGAGACUGGAAAGCAUUAACGGAAGAGGUGGACAUCAUUUACCACGGAGCUGCCACCAUAAACUUCACAGAGCCUUUGAAGAAAGCAACAUUGACCAAUGUGCGCGGAACACAACAAAUGCUACUUCUCGGUAAAUCCUGCAAAAGGCUCAGAUCUUUCGUGCACGUGUCUACGGCGUAUGUCCCUGCCACUCCCGAUCGUAGCAGGAGUGAGGUGCUAGAAAAGUUCUACGAGAGUCCAAUUUCACCAGAUAUUCUUAUCCAAAUGGCUGAGACUAUGAAAGAGAAAGACAUUGACAGUUUUACUUCAGAAAUUAUAAAACCGUGGCCCAACACGUACUCGUUCACAAAAGCUGUUGCCGAGGAAGCCGUGCGGAACAUCGGAGCGGAUCUGCCCAUCUGCAUCGUGAGACCCGCAAUCGUAAUAUGUGCUUAUCGAGAACCAAAUCCGGGAUGGAUAGACAAGAGCUGCGUAUACGGGCCUAGUGGAUUCGUAGUAGGUUCAGCUUUAGGAGUGCUACGCGUGCUGUACGCAGACACAGAAAUAUCUCUGGACCUGGUUCCUGUGGAUUUGGUGAACAACGCAAUCAUAGCCGCGGCGCAUGAGACCGCGGUAAGGAGGGCGAGAGGCGACACGGAUAUCAAGAUAUACACCGUCACUGGCAGCAGAAAACCGAUAAAAUUUGGAAAAAUGGUGGAUGUGAUAUCUAUAGAAGGACGCCAGUUAGCAACAAAUUCAGCUAUUUGGUAUGGAUACGCUGCAAUGAGUUCGAAUUUGCGGUAUAUUUACGUUUUAACAUGGUUGCUACAUUACAUUCCUGGAUAUUUAAUAGAUGGUGUGUUAAAAUUACUUGGGAAGAAGCCAUUGCUAAUGAAAGUUUACGACAAGGCUGACAAACUCAAGCUUGUACUUGGAUACUUCAUGAACAAUGAAUGGAAUUUCCGCGACUCAAACACUCGCCAGUUAUACUGGAACAUGACUGCUGUUGACAGAACAAUAUUCAAUUGCAACAUGGAUACUCUAGAUUGGAUUUUAUACAUUCGAUUGUGGUGUUUGGGCUGCAGGAAGUAUAUUAUAAAAGAUGAACUUAAAGAUACAUUGAAAGCCAAUAGAAAACAGUUUUUGUUUGGAUUAGGUAGCUACUGUAUCAUCAUUCUUAGUUUAUUUUUGGUUUAUAAGACAUUUUCUCUGUUAGUCAGUGUUAUAGAGCUGGCAGUGCUGGCUCAGGUAUACGUCGCUCUCAGCAGAGUCAAGGCUUUAGAAGGAAUAGCACUAUCUGAACUGUUAAAUAAACCCCACGACAAACGAGCAUUAGCAGAAAUGCAGCGCCUGAGAAAUCUCCUGACCAAGUUACAGCGUGAGGUGUUUUCAGUUGUACUUCAAAACUCACACGAAUAUAAGGUGUUGUAUUUUUUAAAUAUAAUAUUUGUGAAAAUGGAUCCAGCUCAAGUUUUUGAGGCUUCGGAACUGGCGCGUCACCGCGUGAUCAACGAGACGAUCGCCCGCGGAGACUCGCGCAUACAGCGGUUCUACUCCGGCGCAGUCAUCUUCAUCACAGGCGGGUCCGGCUUCUUGGGGAAGCAACUCAUUGAGAAACUAUUCAGAUCAUGCGAAAUAAAGAAAAUUUACUUAUUACUGCGGUCAAAAAAGGAAAAAUCUUCCGAUGAGAGACUGAAAGAUUUAUUGAAGGAUCCGGUUUUCGAGCAAGUUCGUGGAAUUCAACCUAAUUUUGAAGAUAAAAUGAUACCCGUUUCUGGUGACAUCACGGAGAAGCGACUGGGAAUCAGCCAUGAAGAUUGGAAAGCUAUCACGGAAGAGGUGGAUAUCAUUUACCAUAGCGCUGCCACCAUACAUUUCGGCGACCCUUUGAAAAAAGCAGCGUUGACCAAUGUACGCGGAACACAACAAAUGCUUCUCCUCGGUAAAGCGUGCAAAAAGCUCAGGUCUUACGUGCACAUAUCGACGGCAUACACGCAUGCAACCCCCAAUCAUUGCAAGAAGCGUGUAUUUGAGAAGUUCUACGACAGCCCGAUUUCCCCAGACAUUCUAAUCAAUAUGGCUGAGACUAUGGCAGAGGAAACUCUUGACACUAUGACUUCAGAUCUUAUAAAACCGUGGCCCAAUCCGUACUCGUUCACAAAAGCUGUUGCCGAGGAAGCCGUGCGGACCAUUGGCGCGGAUCUUCCUAUUUGUAUUGUGAGACCCGCCAUUGUGAUUAGUGCCUAUAGAGAGCCGGUUCCUGGAUGGAUAGACAAGAGCUGUGUGUUUGGUCCUAGUGGAUUCGUAGUGGGUGCAGGAUUAGGAAUACUACACGCGAUGUAUGUAGACCCUGAAAUAGCCUUAGACCUGGUUCCAGUAGACUACGUGAACAACACGAUCAUAGCCGCGGCGCAUGAGACUGUAGUAAGAAAGGAGAGAGGGGAGACCGAUAUCAAAAUAUACACCGUCACUGGGAGCAGGCAUCCGAUCAAAUUUGGUAAAAUGGUAGAUGUCAUAUCCAUAGAAGGACGACAGUUACCAAGUAAAUUGACAGUUUGGUAUGGCUAUAGUUGUAUGACUUCGAACAGAUUAUGGUUUUACAUACUUUUGUGGUUCCUACAUUACAUUCCCGGAUACUUAGUGGAUGGCAUCUUGAAAGUCGCUGGGAAAAAGCCAAUAUUAGUAAAAGUAUAUGAGAAAGUCGACAAACUCAACGGUGUGUUUCAAUAUUAUAUGACUAAUGAAUGGAAUUUCCAAGACUCGAACACCCGUCAUUUGUACUGGAACCUGUCUCCAGUCGACAGGACAAUAUUUAAUUGCAACAUGGACACUAUAGACUGGAUGUUGUAUAUUCGUUUGUGGUGCCUGGGAUGUAGGAAGUAUAUUAUAAAAGACGGCCUGACAGAUACAGCAACAGGAAGCAGAAAACAGUUCUGGCUAAGAAUCGCUAACCACAUCACAAUCAUAUUUUAUCUUUAUUUAGUUUAUAAACUUUUUUCUCUGUUAUUUAGUAUUGUAAGUUACAUAUUUUUUUAUUGAAUAAGUACCGAUCAAUAUUUUAUGCUAUUGGAAGAAAAAUUACGUGUAAGAACGCUUACGAUUACUUUAACAACGUGUAAGAUUGUAUUCAGUACAUCUGAUAAUUUAUGAACAAAAUUAAACGGUGGAUUAAUUUGAGUUAGUUUUUUUGUAAGUUUCAAAUGUGUUGAUCUAGUAAACCAAUUUGAUGUAUCA